AUGAAAAAACUAUCACUGCGUCAGUGGAUCCUCAACUUCCUCACAUACAGACUGCAAUCAGUGAGGGUGGGAAAACAAGUCCCCCCCUCCAUCUCACUCAGCACUGGAGCGUCUCAGGGCUGUGUUUUAAGCCCCCUGCUGUACUCACAGUACACUUAUGACUGUGUAGCCACAUCAGACACCACCUCCAUCGUCAAGUUUGCUGACGACACUGUUGUUGUGGGCCUGAUCUCCGACAACAUCGAGACGGCCUACCUGGUGGAGAUUAGGAACCUGGAGACCUGGUGCCAGCUGAUCGUGGACUUCACUACAAAGCAGGCGAGGAAUUACAAACCCCUCAUCAUCAGUGGCACGCCAGUGGAGAGAGUGGACAGUUUCCGAUACCUGGGUGUCCACAUCACUCAGGACCUCUCAUGGUCCUGUCACAUCAAUGCCCUGGUUAAGAAAGCCCGUCAGCAUCUGUUCUUCCUCAGAAGACUUAGAGACUUCCAUCUACCACUGAAGGUGCUCAAGAACUUUUACUCCUGCACCAUCGAGAGCAUCCUGACGGGAAACAUCUGCACCUGGUUUGGGAACAGCACCAAGCAGGACAGACGAGAUCUGCAAAGAGUGGUGCGCUCGGCCGAACGCAUCAUUCAAUCAGAGCUCCGUGACCUGCUGACCAAACGGGUGGUGUAUCCCAGCUUAAAUGCUGACACCAACAAGAGGGACACAUCAGCUGCUGUGAUUAUUGCUCCUCAGAUUUCAUUGCUGGCUUCUGAGUGUUUGGCUGCUGUGAAAAUCUGCAUGUCAGAUUUAUGCAAGCGUGAACAGGCAUUUUAUGACGGCAUCUGUGAAGAUGGAGGGUGCCAAAUAAAAGGCUCAGAGGUCUGUAACAUGACCAUCCAGACAAUACUGCACCAAUUUCCUUCUCUGCCAGGGUGCGUGUGUGCCUGGGAGGAGGAGCUUUGUGAUUCUAUACAAGUGCUGGCCACACAAUGCCACCAAAAGCCAGGUGCGCUCAUGAGGAGUGCAGUAAUGGAUUGGCAGUCAAGCACUUUAUUAAAUUAUGUAUAUGAUGGUGCCGGAUCAUGUUUGGAUCAAUUUAGGGCUUGUCUCAGCGAUUCAGUUUGCAACAGGUUCCUGGCUCCUAUGCUCCAAGCCUGUAAGUCAGGCCAGUGCAAUGAUGAAGGGUGUCAGCAGGAAACUCUGCAGUUCUACAGGAACGUACCCCAAAAUGUUGCAGAGAUGCUGGUCAUGUGCGAGUGUGAAGCUUCAGAUCAGAGCUGUCUGAGCAUGAAAACCGAAUUGCACAGUGGCACCUGUGGAGAUGAGAUCCGGGUCUGUCAGCGUGUACUUAACCAGUGCACUGAGGACAGUAACUGCAGGGGCUUAUUAGAAAAUUUUCAAGCCAAUUGUUGGAGUCCUGAAGAAGCCCAGUGCAUUGACAGUGACCUCCCAAGAGAUGAAUGCUUCACCCAGAUGGAUCCAGAGCUCAUCCUUGGUGCAGACGCUGAAUGCAAAAGGGCCUUCGUGGCUACUUUAGGCACAGUGCUUCACCAUCCUUGUACAUGUAAAAGACUCUACAAUGACGAUCUUCUGACAUGCAGCAUGAUUCACGACGUGCUUCACAAUAGAUCACGCUUCAUGGCAUCUUCAGAAACAAUCAUUCGCCCCUCUAAACCUCCUCAGACCAUUGAAUCAGAUCAUGCUUAUGCUUGGUUACAAGAUUAUCUUCUGUACGUUGUUCCAACCAUCCUGCUUGCUGGUGUCAUAUUAAUGCCUCUGGUUAUUGUCAGUAAAAAAUGGAUCUCGAGAAAGAGAGAUAAAACAAAAUUUCACCAUCCACAGAAAAGCAACUGUGUCGUUAUUCUCUGA